UUCGUUGAGCCCAAGCCCCAGCGCAACAGAGGCUUGCAAGACAUUCGCUUUUUUUGUACCUCGAAUUAAUCAUCGCCUUCGCUGAACGACAAUCGCUAGUUGUUGGUGUUUCUCAUCCCGGUCUGGGCCCUUCUUAUUGCCAUAUUGCUCGUUUGGAUUUUAGCCGCUGGGCUGAAGAAAGGGGCGCUGCUGAGCCAUCGGUCAAGAACGAGACAUUUGACACUGACCAGCCGACAUACUCCCUUGGAAGCGUAACAAGGGACGAGAUUGCAUUCCGAUCGAAUUUAAGCCCCUUGUAUCGGACGAUUUCCCUCGCCUCGCCCUUCCAAGUGGUGCCGACGAUUGAUAGUUUGAGUCGACGACUGCAACUCGCGACGAGAGUUGAACGAUUUGACGACCUUAGCGACUCCUCGACGACAAUCGAUCAAUCGCUUACUGUCGAACUUGCCGACUUGCCCCCCGCUGCACGCUCGUUUCAUCGCGAUACGAUCUUGCUCAACGCCUUCCGACGACAAUUGAGCCGUGAUCUCAAAUCGCCAUCAUGUCUGGCUUCGGCGACUUCACCACAAUCUGCGAGACCGCGCCUCUGCCACUAUGCGCUGCCGUCGGACCUGUCCUUCAGGCGACUGGUCGUACCGGGAUUGAGCCAGAAUGCUAUGCUCGCAACAUCGAACUUGCCAACACCAUCAUCUUUGAGGGUGCUACGGCUGUGAUGCACAUCGUCGCUCUCGUUAUGACUGUCAUCAUGAUUCUGCACGUCCGCAGCAAGUUCACCGCUGUUGGUCGCAAAGAGAUUCUGAGCUUCUUCUACCUCUACAUGCUGCUAUCUGCUAUGUCUCUUGUUAUUGAUGCUGGCGUGGUACCUCCUGGGAGUGAUCCAUACCCGUACCUUGUCAGUGUGCAGAACGGUUUCAGUAGCGCGGUCAUUACUUGUCUGCUCAUUAACGGCUUUGUUGGAUUCCAAUUGUAUGAAGAUGGAACGCCCCUUUCAGUUUGGAUGUUGCGAAUCAGUACUCUGGCUGCUUUCACCAUUAGCUUUCUUGUUUCACUCGCUACUUCAAAGAGCUGGGCCGGGCUUAGUCCUACCAACACUGUUGGAUUGUUCGUUGUUCUUUACCUCCUGAACGCGAUCCAGCUCUUUAUUUACGUGGCCAUGCAAAUUCUGCUCGUUACAAGAACUCUACAUGACCGCUGGCCCCUCGGAGAUAUCGCAUUUGGUAUCUUCUUCUUUGUCGCUGGCCAGGUGUUCCUUUACGCUUUCAGCUCCAAGAUCUGUAACGCUAUUAGCCAUUAUCUGGAUGGCCUGUUCCUCGCGACCGUCUGCAACCUGUUGGGCGUCAUGAUGGUUUACAAGUACUGGGAUUCGAUCACCAAGGAGGAUCUCGAAUUCUCUGUUGGCACCAGGAUGAACAACUGGGAGGUCAAGGAGCUGCUGCCAGAAGAGGAGCGAAGGGCUACUGUCUUUUCAGAAGACCUUUACGGCCAAAACAGCUCAUACGACCUGCCUUACUCGCCAGGCGCAGCGCGCUACUCGGCCAAGUACUAAACGCUUUGGCCCACGGUCAACUUUGACGCCAUUCACGAGAUUUGCUUUCUUCUUAUUUAAUACCACACUCCGGCGUGAUAUAUGCGACCCUGAAACGGCGAUAGGGAACACCGGGUUGUUUUGCUUUUGACUGUUUACAUUGCGCGGCGUUUUCAAUGGAUUAUAUCUGUGCGACUUGUCUGGAUGGAUGCAACUGGUGAUCACAAAAAAACGACGGGCAAACGGAAGGCGUAGGAGGAGGAAGAGACGCAUGUUAAUACGCGGACCUUGUUGGUGACCAGGAUGUAGAAUGGAUAAUGGCGACAUGUCGUUAUUCUUAGCUUUUGCAUAUAUACUUUGCAUAGGUAGUUAUAUAUUAUGCCUGAUAUAUGGGACUUGG